AUGGCUACUUCUCAGGCUGAAGUAAACUUGACUGACCUGCCACAGGAACUUAAGGAGCACAUAUUUUGCCAUCUGACAGCUACAGAUCUUUGUCACUUGGCAUCAUGUAGUCGAAUCUUGAAAGAAUCGACCAAUCAAGAUGCCCCGUGGCGCUUUCUUUGCCGAAAGAAAGGAUGGGAGCGCUAUGGCACAACCUGUGAUCUUUGCAAAGAACCUCCGUUUAAACCUACCUCACUAAGUCAAGAGACUGGCGAAGGCGGCGUUCCCACAUUCCCGGUCGAUGCUGUUGUGACCGGUUCAGACUGGCCUGGACUGGUGGAUACAUGUAAAUGGAAGGAAGUUUACAUGAAAGCGAGGCACCUGGAAGAAAACUGGAAGAACAAGCGCUUCUACACCGCGUCAUUGGAAUUAUAUCCAUUCAGAGAUGGACAAAGAAGUGAUUUUAACCCCCGAGUGUGCAACGUAACAUAUGAAAAACACUGUGUAGCUGCCGGUAAAUCAAAUAGUACUUUAGAGAUCUGGCAUAUGUCCAGCGGAAAAGGUCAACUCAUCCAAGUAGACAUCAGUGAAUCUCCAGACGCACUGAAGAUGAAGGAUGGCAUCAUAGCUGCAGGAUGCAAGGACGGUAAGAUUCGUACUUACUCCGCCCAGACUGGAGAGCAGCUGCAAGUCAUGUCGGGGCACAGUCUGGCCGUGUAUCAUCUCUUCUUCGAUGGAGAGACGAUCGUUAGUGUUGCUCGAGCUGGGAAGUUUAACCGUUUCAAACGUUUUAAUAAUGAAGAGUAUGAACGGAGUGGCAUACGGGUCUGGAGUGCUGCAAACGGCACCUCUCGCUGUAUCCUACAGAGUGGCAACGAAGCGACAAGCUUGGUUCACCUGGACUACAAGAACAAGAUCGUAGCUGGUGCGUACAGCAACAACAACAUUCGCAUAUGGGAUGUAAGCAGUGGUUCUUGCAUGCAGGAAAUCGAUCGUGGUAUGAACAAGCUGACUUUCUGCCAUCUUGGGGAUGGUAUUGUCAUCGGUGCUUCCGAGAAGCUUAUCGUGAAAAUAUGGGAACUCAAAUCUUCGGUGUGCAUCAAGACAUUAGAUGUUCUUAAAUGGCUCCCGCCUAAUUCAAACGUUUCUCGUGAAGAAGUUUACUUCAGGUUUGGCGGUGACGAGUUGCUUGCUGUAGCGACAUUGUACAAUGGGUUUUUCAUUAUGACCGUGAGUGGGGAACGACUCUUUACAUGUCCUUCUAGCAAGGGCGCACCUGUCAUUUGGAAGGGUAAUAAGCUGCUGGCAUGGAGCAUGAAGACAAAGAGGUACCAACUGCAGAUCAUUGACCCCACGGAACGCGAGGAUAGUGAGGCACACGACAGUGCCAGGACAUUGCAAGACCUUGAUGAAACGCUGUUGGCUUGUGCUAGGAUGAGCAAUACCGAAUUGCUCCUUUUUGUACAGCAGGAAUCUCCGCAUGUUUUCGUUCGCUACUACUGGUGA